AUGGCACAACUGUACUACAAAAAGGUCAACUACUCACCGUACAGAGACCGCAUCCCCCUACAGAUUGUGAGGGCAGAGACAGAGCUCUCUGCUGAGGAGAAGGCCUUCCUCAAUGCUGUGGAGAAGGGGGACUACGCCACUGUGAAGCAGGCCCUCCAGGAGGCCGAGAUCUACUACAAUGUCAACAUCAACUGCAUGGACCCACUGGGCCGGAGCGCCCUGCUCAUUGCCAUUGAGAAUGAGAACUUGGAGAUCAUGGAGCUCCUGCUGAACCACAGCGUGUACGUCGGCGAUGCACUGCUCUACGCCAUCCGCAAGGAAGUGGUGGGUGCUGUGGAGCUUCUGCUCAGCUACAGGCGGCCCAGUGGAGAGAAGCAGGUCCCCACUCUUAUGAUGGACACUCAAUUCUCUGAGUUCACACCAGACAUUACUCCCAUCAUGCUGGCUGCCCACACCAACAACUAUGAAAUCAUCAAACUGCUUGUCCAAAAACGGGUCACUAUUCCCCGGCCCCACCAGAUUCGCUGCAACUGUGUGGAGUGUGUGUCCAGUUCAGAGGUAGACAGCCUGCGCCACUCCCGCUCCCGACUGAACAUCUAUAAAGCCCUGGCAAGUCCCUCACUCAUCGCCUUAUCAAGCGAGGACCCCAUCCUAACUGCCUUCCGCCUGGGCUGGGAGCUCAAGGAGCUUAGCAAGGUGGAGAAUGAGUUCAAGGCUGAGUACGAGGAGCUCUCCCAGCAGUGCAAGCUCUUUGCCAAAGACCUGCUGGACCAGGCUCGGAGCUCCCGGGAACUGGAGAUCAUCCUCAACCAUCGAGAUGACCACAGUGAAGAGCUUGACCCUCAAAAGUACCAUGACCUAGCCAAACUGAAGGUGGCCAUCAAAUACCACCAGAAAGAGUUUGUGGCCCAGCCCAAUUGCCAACAGUUGCUUGCCACUCUGUGGUACGACGGCUUCCCUGGAUGGCGGCGGAAACACUGGGUCGUCAAGCUUCUGACGUGCAUGACCAUUGGGUUCCUGUUUCCCAUGCUGUCUAUUGCUUAUCUCAUCUCACCCAGGAGCAACCUUGGGCUGUUCAUCAAGAAACCCUUCAUCAAGUUUAUCUGCCACACAGCGUCAUAUCUGACCUUCCUCUUCAUGCUUCUCCUGGCUUCUCAGCACAUCGUCAGGACAGACCUCCACGUACAAGGACCUCCCCCGACUGUCGUGGAGUGGAUGAUACUGCCUUGGGUUCUCGGUUUCAUUUGGGGGGAGAUAAAGGAAAUGUGGGAUGGUGGAUUUACUGAAUAUAUCCAUGACUGGUGGAACCUGAUGGAUUUUGCAAUGAACUCACUCUACCUGGCAACUAUUUCCUUGAAGAUUGUAGCCUAUGUCAAGUAUAAUGGUUCCCGUCCAAGGGAAGAAUGGGAAAUGUGGCACCCGACUCUGAUUGCAGAAGCUCUCUUUGCGAUAUCCAACAUUUUAAGUUCGUUGCGUCUCAUAUCCCUGUUCACAGCCAACUCCCACUUAGGGCCUCUGCAGAUCUCUUUGGGGCGCAUGUUGCUCGAUAUCCUCAAAUUUCUCUUUAUCUACUGCCUGGUACUGCUAGCUUUUGCCAAUGGAUUGAACCAGCUUUACUUUUAUUAUGAGACCAGAGCAAUCGAUGAACCCAACAACUGCAAGGGGAUCCGAUGCGAGAAACAGAACAAUGCCUUCUCCACGCUCUUUGAAACCCUUCAGUCCCUCUUCUGGUCUGUAUUCGGCCUUUUAAAUCUUUAUGUCACCAAUGUGAAAGCCAGACAUGAAUUCACAGAGUUUGUGGGAGCGACCAUGUUUGGUACAUACAAUGUCAUCUCCUUGGUAGUGCUGCUGAACAUGCUGAUCGCCAUGAUGAACAACUCCUACCAGCUUAUUGCUGAUCAUGCUGAUAUUGAAUGGAAGUUUGCAAGGACGAAGCUCUGGAUGAGUUACUUUGAUGAAGGUGGCACCUUGCCACCUCCUUUCAACAUUAUCCCCAGCCCCAAGUCAUUUCUAUACCUUGGCAACUGGUUCAACAACACCUUCUGCCCUAAAAGAGACCCUGAUGGUAGACGAAGAAGGCACAACUUGAGAAGCUUCACAGAACGCCAUGCUGACAGCUUGAUACAGAACCAACAUUACCAGGAAGUUAUCAGGAAUUUAGUCAAAAGAUAUGUGGCAGCUAUGAUAAGAAAUUCCAAAACAAAUGAGGGACUAACAGAAGAAAAUUUUAAGGAAUUAAAGCAGGAUAUCUCCAGCUUUCGAUAUGAAGUGCUUGACCUCUUGGGAAACAGGAAGCACCAAAGGAGAAGUUUUUCCACUAGCAGCACUGAACUCUCUCAGAGGGAUGAUACCAAUGAUGGCAGUGGUGGGGCUCGGGCCAAAUCCAAGAGUGUCUCUUUCAAUGUAGGCUGCAAGAAAAAAGCCUGCCAUGGGCCACCUCUCAUCAGGACUAUGCCAAGAGUUGGUGGUGCCCAAGGCAAGUCAAAAGCUGAGUCAUCAAGCAAACGAUCCUUCAUGGGUCCCUCUCUCAAGAAACUGGGUCUCCUAUUCUCCAAGUUUAAUGGUCAUAUGUCUGAACCCAGUUCAGAGCCAAUGUACACAAUCUCUGAUGGAAUUGUUCAGCCACACUAUAUGUGGCAGGACAUCAGAUAUUCUCAGAUGGAGAAAGGGAAAGCAGAGGCCUGUUCUCAAAGUGAAAUUAACCUCAGUGAGGUAGAAUUAGGUGAAGCCCGGGGCACUGCUCAGAGCACUGAAUGCCCUCUAGCCUGUUCCAGCUCUCUUCACUGCGUUUCCAGCAUCUGUUCCUCAAAUUCUAAACUUUUAGACUCCUCAGAGGAUGUAUUUGAAACGUGGGGAGAGGCCUGUGACCUGCUCAUGCACAAAUGGGGUGAUGGACAGGAAGAACAAGUUACAACUCGGCUCUAA